CACUCUUUGGUCUCAUCGAACAGCACUGUUUCCUUCUCCGCUGGCGGAUCCCCCAAACCCAAACCCAAACCCAAACCCAAAACUCGCACACGCUAAAAACACACACCACACACACUCUCACUUCCCGCCGUAGCAAUGGCGACGACGUUUGGAGCAGCGGCGACGGCCGCCUCCCUCACCGGGAAUGCUAACAAAUCCUCCACUUAUUUACCGCUCGCCAGCCGCCAUUUCUUCCUUCGAGCAAAUUCCAACAAGGUUUCCUUCCGCCUCACACCCAGGCCCAAGCUCCGCCUCUUCUCCAAGGGCUUGCAGUCUGGUUGGAAGUGUUCUGCUAUGGUAAAAGCUCAACUAAAUGAUGUUGCAACGGAUGGAUCCUCGAAAGCUGAAGCUUCCACUCCUGCCACAUCAGAGGUUUCACCGGCCAAAUCCAAGGAUACACCUAUUGCUUUGGCAUCAGAAGAAUCAAUAUCUGAAUUUAUUACUCAAGUUGCAAGUCUUGUCAAGUUGGUGGAUGCUAAGGAUAUCGUGGAACUAGAGUUGAAACAGCUCGACUGUGAAGUCUUAAUACGUAAGAAGGAGGCCUUAGCUGCACCACCUCCUCCUGUUGCAUAUGUUCAGUCACAACCUCAGCCUGCAGUACUGCCUCCAGUUUCCACACCUUCACCUGCGCCAACUGCAGCACCUACUCCCCCACCAGCUCCAGCACUUUCUCCACCUAAAGCUCAACCAGCUAAGUCAUCUCAUCCACCUCUUAAAUCUCCCAUGGCAGGAACCUUCUACCGGAGUCCAGCUCCUGGGGAACCACCAUUUGUGAAGGUCGGAGAUAAAGUACAGAAGGGACAGGUUCUAUGCAUCAUUGAAGCCAUGAAACUGAUGAAUGAAAUCGAAGCUGAUCAGUCUGGAAAGAUAGUCGAGAUCCUUCUAGAAGAUGGCAAGCCAGUCAGUGUUGAUACUCCUCUCUUUGUGAUUGAACCAUAGAGCUGAUGAGGCAAAACGCCCAGAGGAGUAGGAAGGCUUUCGGCUAAAGUAUGUUGUGGGAUGCAGAAUUUAUUUACUUUUCCUUAAUUUUGUUUUCUAUGGGUGAGACCUAGUUAGAGAUUGAACCGAAUGAGCUGCUGAUGAUUUUUUCUUCAUCAAGUGUAGAAAUUGUUGGGAGCAUUUUUCCUUAAUUUUAUGGACACUUUGCUACUAGUUUUACAAUUUGCCUUUGUUUAUGACGUGAGGAUAUCAUGUAUGGCCUUUGUAGUACAAACUUCAACUACUCUGUGCAA